GGCGGCGGCAGCGGGCAGCGGCCGCGCCCGGGCACGGAGCUCCGCACCGGCGCAGCGGCGGGGGCUGGCGGCCGCCCUCCCCUCCGCCCCCGGGGGCCGGCGGGCUGGGCUAGUAGUCGGCCGCGGCGAACGGCGGAGCGGCAUUAAAAAGCGGCGGCUGCUGCUCGCUGCGCUGGCACCCGCCGGCGAGGCCGGGUGAGGACUGCGGGGACCGGGACCCGCCGCUGCUGGGCGGGGGGACGCGGCGCUGCUGGGCGGGCAUCCGAUACCGCGGUACCCGGCUCUGCCCCGGCAUCGCUGCGAGCCCACGGCUGCUGCCGCCCGGGCGGGCGGAGGUGCUGGACAUGGACACAGAGGAUGACCCCUUGUUACAGGAUGCCUGGCUAGAUGAGGAAGAUGAAGAGGUAGCCUUCAGCUCCCGAAAGAGGCGGGAGGGUGCUCUGUUGUGUGGAAAAAGUCCAUGCAGAGUGAGGCCCCUGCGUGUCAUGCUGCCAGUGUCUGGCUUCUGGAAUAUUGUUGGCUGGGUAUUUACCAACCCAUGCUGUGCUGGCUUCAUCCUUUUCCUGGGCUGUGCCAUCCCUGCUGUGCUUGCUGUUGUCAUGUUCCUCCACUACCCAGCCCUGGAUAUUGACAUCUCCUAUAAUGCUUUCGAGAUCCGCAACCAUGAGUCCUCUCAGCGCUUCGAUGCACUUGCCUUGGCCCUCAAGUCCCAGUUUGGGUCGUGGGGGAGGAACCGCCGGGACCUGGCUGACUUCACCUCUGAAACCCUGCAGAGGCUCAUCUUUGAGCAGCUCCAGCAACUUCACCUCAAUGCUUCCCACCUGGGGGUCAGUGCGCGGGUCAAGCGCAGCACCCCAGAGGGCAGGACGAGCUCCCCCAAGCCCCAUGCCCACCUGAACCCAGGAAACCGGACUUCCCGAACUGGGAGAGGUACCCCACGCUGGGACUACUCCAGCACUUACAUCAGUGCCAACACACAGACACAUGCCCACUGGCGCAUUGAGCUAAUUUUUCUGGCUCGGGGGGACUCUGAGAACAACAUCUUCACCACCGAGCGCCUGGUUACCAUCCAUGAGGUUGAGCGCAAGAUCAUGGACCACCCUCGCUUUCGGGAGUUCUGCUGGAAGCCCCACGAGGUCUUGAAGGACCUGCCCCUGGGCUCCUAUUCCUACUGCUCCCCUCCCAGCUCCCUCAUGACUUACUUCUUCCCCACUGAGAGAGGAGGGAAGAUUUACUAUGAUGGCAUGGGACAAGACCUUGCUGACAUCCAAGGGUCCCUGGAGCUGGCCAUGACCCACCCUGAAUUCUACUGGUAUGUGGAUGAGGGCUUGUCUGCUGAGAACAUGAAGAGCUCCCUGCUGCGAAGCGAAAUCCUCUUUGGGGCACCACUGCCGAACUACUACUCAGUGGAGGACCGCUGGGAGGAGCAGCGCCGCAAGUUCCAGAACUUUGUCAUCACCUAUGUGGCCAUGCUGGCCAAGCAGUCCACAAGCAAAGUCCAGGUGCUGUACGGAGGGACGGAUUUGUUUGACUAUGAAGUGAGGAGGACCUUCAACAAUGACAUGUGGCUGGCCUUCAUCAGCAGUAGCUGCAUAGCUGUCUUGGUCUACAUCCUUACCUCCUGCUCAGUGUUCCUGUCAUUCUUUGGCAUUGCCAGUAUCGGGCUAAGCUGCCUGGUGGCUCUGUUCCUGUACCACGUCGUAUUUGGAAUCCAGUACCUGGGUAUACUCAACGGUGUGGCUGCCUUUGUCAUUGUGGGGAUUGGGGUUGAUGAUGUCUUUGUUUUCGUCAACACCUACCGCCAAGCCACCCACCUCAAGGACCUGCGCCUGCGCAUGAUCCACACUAUCCAGACAGCAGGGAAGGCCACCUUCUUCACUUCCCUGACCACGGCUGCAGCAUAUGCUGCCAACAUCUUCUCUCAGAUCCCAGCCGUGCAUGACUUUGGACUCUUUAUGUCGCUGAUUGUGUCCUGCUGCUGGGUAGCUGUGCUUUUCACUAUGCCAGCUGCUCUUGGAAUAUGGACCCUUUAUGUGUCCCCACUAGAGAGCUCCUGCCAAACCAGCUGUAGUCAGAAGUGUACCAAAAAGAGUGCCUUGCACCUGGCUGAAGAUCUCUUCAUUGCCUCGGAGGCCACCUCCAGAGCAGGCAGAGAGACGCUUCCCUAUCUGGAUGAUGACAUCCCACUGCUCAGUGUGGAGGAGGAGCCUGUCUCCCUGGAAAUGGGGGAUGUCCCCUUGGUAUCUGUGAUGCCAGAAAAUCUACAGCUCCCUGCAGAGAAGUGCAACCGGGGUCACUUGAUAACUCAUCUGCAGGAGCUGCUGGAACACUGGGUGCUGUGGUCUGCAGUGAAGAGCAGAUGGGUGAUUGUGGGGCUCUUUCUCCUUGUUUUGCUUCUGUCCAUAUUCUUUGCUAGCCGCCUCCAUCCAGCUAGCCGUGCUCCAGUCUUGUUCCGGCCAGACACUAACAUCCAGGUGCUGCUAGACCUGAAAUACAACCUGAGUGCUGAAGGCAUCUCCUGCAUUACCUGCUCAGGUUUGUUUCAGGAAAAGCCCCACAGUUUGCAGAACAACAUGCGAACCUCCUUGGAAAAAAAGAAGAGGGGCUCAGGGUCAACUUGGGGAAGCAAAGGGAGCAUAAGUGAUACAGGGCAGCAAGAUCUCCAGGGGACUGUGUAUAUCUCCAAGUCCAGAAGCAAGGGAAGGCCAGCCAUCUACAGAUUCUCGCUCAAUGCCAGUGUCCCUGCCCCCUGGCAGAUGGUGUCACCGGGAGACGGGGAGGUGCCUUCAUUCCAGGUGUAUAGAGUGCCUUUCGGUAACUUCACCAGGAAGCUGACAGCUUGUGUGUCCACAGUAGGGCUGCUUAAGCAGACGAGCCCCAGGAAGUGGAUGAUGACCACCUUGUCCUGUGACACCAAGAGAGGCUGGAAGUUCGACUUCAGUUUCUACGUGGCCGCCAAGGAGCAGCAGCGAACACGGAAACUGUAUUUUGCCCAGUCGCACAAGCCCCCUUACCAUGGCCGAGUGUGUGUGGCACCUCCUGGCUGUCUUCUCAGCUCUAGCCCAGAUGGACCCACCAAAGGCAUCCUUUAUGUUCCCAGUGAGAAAGCAGCACCCAAAGCAAAGCUUUCAGCCACUUCUGGAUUUAAUCCUUGCAUGAACACGGGCUGCGGGAAACCAGCAGUGCGGCCACUGGUAGACACGGGAGCCAUGGUCUUUGUAGUGUUUGGUAUCAGAGGUGUUAAUCGCACAAGACGCCCAGACAACCACGUCAUCGGAGACAUGGGCAGCGUUAUCUAUGAUGACAGCUUCGACCUCUUCAAAGAGAUCGGCAACCUGUGCCGCCUCUGCAAAGCCAUCGCCAGCAACACGGAACUGGUGAAGCCAGGAGGGGCUCAGUGCCUGCCCUCUGGUUACAGCAUCUCCGCCUUUCUGCAGAUGUUGCACCCUGAGUGCAAGAACAUCCCAGAGCCAAACCUGCUGCCCGGACAGCUCUCUCAUGGGGCAGUGGGGGUGAAGGAUGGGAAGGUGCAGUGGAUCUCCAUGGCGUUUGAAUCGACAACCUACAAAGGGACAUCUUCCUUCCAGACGUAUGCUGACUACCUGAAAUGGGAGACGUUCCUGCAGCAGCAACUCCAGCUCUUCCCAGAGGGCUCUGCUCUCCGGAACGGUUUCCAGACCUGUGAGCACUGGAAGCAGAUCUUCAUGGAGAUUAUAGGAGUGCAGAGUGCCCUGUACGGCCUCGUCCUCUCACUGGUUAUUUGUGUGGCUGCAGUGGCGGUGUUUACCACUCACAUCCUCCUCCUGCUGCCAGUGCUGCUCAGCAUUUUAGGGGUGGUCUGCUUGGUGGUGACAAUCAUGUACUGGUCUGGCUGGGAGAUGGGAGCUGUGGAAGCCAUUUCCCUCUCCAUCCUCGUUGGUUCCUCUGUCGAUUACUGUGUGCACUUGGUGGAGGGCUACCUGCUGGCAGGGGAAAACCUGCCGCUGCACCAGGCAGAGGACCCCACAGCGUGCCGCCAGUGGAGGACGAUUGAAGCAGUCCGUCAUGUAGGUGUAGCAAUUGUCUCGAGCGCCGUCACCACAGUGAUUGCCACCGUCCCGCUGUUCUUCUGCAUCAUUGCCCCUUUUGCAAAGUUUGGGAAGAUUGUGGCCCUCAACACAGGAGUCUCCAUCCUGUACACACUAACUGUGAGCACAGCCCUGCUGAGCAUCAUGGGGCCUGGCACCUUCAUCCGCAGCAGGACUUCGUGCCUCAAGGCUGUGGUGGGGGUGCUUCUUGCUGGCCUGCUGGGGCUGUGCAUCUGUGUCGCCCUGCUGAAGAGCGGAUUUAAGAUCCCGCUCCCUAAUGGGACAGCCCUGUAGACCCUAUGCCAAGAGCCAAAUGCUCUGUCCUCUUGCUCCCUUUCUUUUUUCUUUUUUUUUAAAGGAUAUUUUUUGUAAGAAAAAAAAAGAGGAAAAAAAUCCCCUUUUUCCAGAGGUUUUUCAACUCCAGAUGCACUUUAUUUUCUAAUGGGUUUUGCUCUAAACUUGUAUUUAUUUUGGAUAGUGAUGGAUGGAUGAUGGACAGUGAGGGCUGCCCAGGGAAUAGCUCAGCCCAUGAGUAGGAGGGGAGGAGGUCUCCUUCUCUCAAUUUUCUUUCUGCUUUUCUUUUAUUCUUCUCUUUGGUUUUGGUGGGUUUUUCUUGUGAUUUUGUUUUUUUGGUUUUUUUAAUGAACAGAGUUUUCUGGAACCGCAAAGCUUAAAGGGGAGAAGUUGGGAAGGCCAUCUGAUCCCUUCUGAAACCCUUCCCUCUGUCCUUCCCCUCCCCUUGGCCAGGGUUAGCAUUGCAACGAAGGCUCAAGGUGAUGUCCUACCCCCGCACCAAGCCUGUGUCUCAUUACCUGAGCCUUCAAAAACAGGAGUGAUCUGUUGGACAGGCCCGGGAAAUAGUGUUGUCUGGACCCCUUCGCUGUGCCCUGUACCCAAGCUAGACCAGCAGCGAACUCGCUGCAUGGGAGCUCGUGUGAGUGUCAUUGUGGGAUCCAAACUAGAGAUGUUGAGUGGCACCACCUGCAGUGUCCCGCUUUUGUCAUUAGUGGAGGGCAUCAGGACGCAUGGCUUUCCCCUUCUUUCUGAAGGGACAGAGCACCUUUUGCUGGGAUCUCUUGGGUCUGUGAACAGCCAUCAGGAAUGCAAUCGUUGCCCUCAGCAGUCUCAGUAGUGAGGCCAAGGCAGUAUGGAUGCCCAGUCCCGCCUCCUGCUCAGUGUGUGACCUCACCAGUCGUUGCUUCUGCUCUUCAUGGCAGAGAGAAAUCAGACAGUCUUGAGGUCCCUGCAGAGCCUUUUGCUCAUGGCAAUCAGUUCUUAGCUAACCGCUGGGGCCAGGUACAGCCCAUAUGUGGCGGCAUGCACGAAGAAACAGUGGUGCAUCCUCUGUGGCAGCUUGGAGACACCCUCCAUUGUGGAGACAUGAGAACAGCGGAGCUUCAGCCCCCGGCUGCUGUCUGCUCAGAGCAGAUGGUUUAUAUUAAAGUAAAAUGAAAUCACAAACUGGUGCCAUUAACAAGUACAUUUUAAGCAUCACUGAUUCUAUCAUAUUUUUAAAAUUGAAAUAGCUAAGUGUGUGCAUUGAUAUGUGACACAUCUGGUCCUUGGCAGAAGGGGAGGGGUCUGGCCCAGUGGGAGAUGCAUUAAAUGUUAUUUACAGGGAUGCCAAUAGAGAGGGGCGGCCAGAAAGAAGGUUGACUCCAUUUGUUUGCAGAUACCAUGUCCCUGGUGGCUUUGUGUUUUCUGUCUGGAUUGACCCCCUUUUUAAGAUGGAAAUUGCAGGAAGCCCAUCCCUGUUGCGAGCCAGUUUCAGGGGACUGUGCUGCUGAGACAGACCAGCAGCUGCUUCUGCUUAGCUCAGUGUAUCCCCGCUCUGGUCCCUGCCAGUCUUAGACCUUCACAUCGUGUUAUCCCUGUGAAACUGGAUCAAAUGUUUGUUCCUAAAGUAGGUUCCCCAAGGUGUCAGCUGGAGAGAGGAGUGACAGGACAGGACUCUUGUUGAUGCCAGGGGAAAGCCAGAGCAAUCCCGCUGCAGGCAGCGGGAGUGGUGAGAGUAUGAGCAGAAUAGACCUGGUUUCUUCCUCGCCAUCCCACAGUGCAGCUGAGUUACCCGCUUCUGCAAAAUGUUAAACGUUCCUUGGCACCUACCUCUGAUCUGCACCAGUUCCUUUGUAAUGAACCACAUGCCCAUGAAUAAAUGGUUCUGGAAAGGGUUUUUGACUGUCCUUAAGCUGUGCUGUUUUGAUGGCUGCUGUGCACAGUUCAGCCCCAACAUUGGACUGUAAGCCAUAUCUGUUCUCCAAAUUUAAUGACUAGUGGUGCCCUGAGCACUCCUAAGUGGCAGUGAGCGGAGAGGACAGUGUGCUGAUGAUAUACAGCCCCUUGAGACCCAUGGGGCUGUGUGGGUGCUGCAGGGGAGAGCAAGGUAGCCCUAGUGCUCUGGCUGGUGGCUUGACCUGAAUUUAGCUAAUGCUUCAAAGUCCUUGGAGUGAUUAAAGCUGAUGGAUAUUUUCAGGUCACCAGACAAGAGAAUAAGGUACUGAGUGCACCCUUAGAGGAAGUUUCUCCUUCUAUGAGCAUAAAGAAACCUUGAAAGGUCGUUAAGACAAGGCAUAGAUGUGCUUUGAUUCCUGCAAAAUUUAAAGCUCAUUUAAGCCCCUGGAGUCCUAUGUUUGCACUCACUAUAAAGAAGCUAUAUAAGCCCCACCACCUCCAGAGUGACUCUGGACACACCAUGCUGGCACCAUUCAUUCAGCCACUCUUGGAAGGCAAAGAUUAAUUUCAAAGUAGUGGAAAACCUUUUAUGUCUCUUGGGUCUGAGCUGGCGGUGUCUGAUCUGCAGACAAAAAUAACAAGAGUUCUUGGCACCUGGCAGGAUCUGUCCUGUUUUCUGGAGCAGGCAGGGGAAAGCACAAGCUGUCAUUUUCCCUCCUCCUCUCUGGCCAGCCCAGGAGCACUCCGUGCAGAAGGGCUGGCUGGUACUAGCAGGAGCAGGGCAUCACCUUGCCCUUGUUUGCCCAAGGUGAUACUGAGAGAGGAAUGGCUGAAGUGAAUCAGAAAGGAAAAUGAGAGACUGAGAUACAUGCAGAGCUGUAGCAGGUGAUUCACAAAGGCAUAUUGAGGAGAUUGUGCCCCUCCAGCAAGGAAACUGAGGCAUGCGGAGGAGGAGGAACUUAUUCCAGACCGUAGUAGGAUGGCAGAAGAGCCAGGAGACGAUCCCAGAUGGUGCUUUUCACUGCAAGGACCCACUGGAUGUUGGUAAGCUGACAACUUGAUUAAACAUAGUCAUGAUACUUGUCUUAAGAUCUAACUAGACAUUUGCCCCAUCACCAUUUCACUCUGCACAGCUCUGUGGUCAGGGUGGCUGGUGCUUCCUCCAUGUGCUGCAGAUUGAAAGAGGCUUAGAGGUGGGGCACAGCCUUCCACAAAAUGCUUACAACACUCAUCUCCCCAGGCAGCUGUGGAGACAAUAAAUCAGUAGCAGAUGUGUACAUCCAUCUCUAUGUAGGGAGCAUCCUCCUCGGCAUUAGAAAAUAUUCGUAAAAUUAUAGAGGUAAGAAAACGGAUGGGUUUAUCUGAGCAAAUGCGAAGGUGGGGCUGACAGCCCUGAUGGGAGUCAGUGUUCCGAGGCAGAUGCUCGUAGCAAUAAAAUGCAAGACCUCACCUGUCUGGCACUGUUCUGGGAGCAGAUGCUCACCCUAAAUUAAUUCCUCCCACAUCUCUGCCUAUCUUCUUUCUCUGAUGACUCCUCUGUUUCCCAGACCAUCUCUUGGGCCCUAUCGUCUUGCUGAGCAAGGUUCAGCCUUCUCCUUGAUAGCUGCUCAUGCCUAAGGUGCUCACAGAGUCUGGACUAAAAGUGGCUGGAGAUUGUCUCAGGGAGAAUUUCUCAAACAGAGGAAUCCAGGGAGUUAAAAUGCUUCACACGAAGCUGUUAGUUUUGAUGUUUUUAAACAGUAGAACACAGCACACCAGCCUUACUUGGAAUAGAAUGCUCCCAUUUCCCAUUUCAAAACAGUCUUGCUGUAGUUAAAAAGAAAUGUACAAGAGUUUUCAAUUACAGCAGUUUCUGUUAACUGCCCACUCCUUUAUUUCUAGUAAAUCCUGGUUUGAGGGUUACAUUCUGAAAAGUUGAUGUUAAUGUUUCAGGAUGGGGGUCAUUCUGAAACUCUUCAGUCUCCCGCAAAACGGAGCGGGUCCUGUCCUGCCCAGAAGUCUCUCCCUGGCAGCCCAGGGCAGUCGCAGAAGGGCACCGCUUUCCAGUGUUGAAGCACUGUCAUAUAUGCACCAUGCAGUGGUGGUGCUGCUCCUCGCCUUCAGUGGAGCUGCUGAGUGGGUUUAAGGCUCCCCAUGGCUGUGGACACUCGGGAGAGAGUCUCUGCUCACAACAGCCCUAUUGAAAUCAGCUUUGGAGCGAGGAGGAACAGAGCUGAUGUGAUUUGCAAAGAUCAGUGUCAGAGGAAGGGAUAGACCCAGGUCUUCUCACUCUGUUUUCUUAUGUUGUGGUGCCUUUUGAGGUGUUGGGCUCACAAGGGAUCUCUACAGGCGACUGGGGAGCAUCAGGUUUGGCCACUGACCUCAGCAAUUCCAGAGGCUGCAGAUACUGAAAGGGGAUCAGUGACUGAGCUGGACUGUGCUUCUCGAUCCCUGAUGGAUCUGAAACUAUGCCAGAGCAAAGCCAGCCUGAGAAGUGUCCCCCAGGAGAAGGACAUGUGUCAUGCUUAGAGGGUUACUGGACCACUGAUAAUGGUAGUCUGCAUGCAGUGGUCACCAGAGACCCCGGCUUUGUCUCCACUGGAGCAAACUGGGAUGUUGCUAUAUGUCACAGCAUCUAAUUUUUUUAGCUUGUCCUGCACUGAGUUUUCUAACCAGAGCAGCCUGCCCUCCUGGAAGGUUAUAAAAGGCUUUUAUUUAACCCUGUGACAUGUAUAAAUCCUCCCACACUGUCCACCAAGGAAGCUGUGCUGACUGAUUUGCAGCCAGGCAGGACAAACUCACAGUCUCUUAGUUAUUUCUUCCGCAAUCACUCCUCACCCCAGAUAGCAUGCAAGCCAUAGUUCACAGGUUACGCUUUUUCCAAGGCCUCCACUAACUGCUCUGCCCUGGCUCAGUGCCCAGGGUCCUGCAGCUAAAAGUCGUUCAAGGCCCGUCUCCAUCCCGAGGAUGUAGUUGUCGGGCUGUUCGGCUUUCUCCCCACCGCUCCUCCUUUGGGCAGUUGCUGCAGGGGUUGGGAGGGCGACGGCCAGGACCAGAGGCAGAGCAACAAGCAGCUGAGCAGAAAGGUUUGCAGGGGGAAGCAGAAGAGAAUAAAUGGGAGGGAGGAUGGUUCAAAACCCAAGGGGAGAAGAGGUGUGAGCACCCCAAGGAGGGAGGGCACUGCUGUUUCUCCACGUCGUGUGCAGACCUUAGAGUGUCGGUUCUCAGAGUGAUGUAGCACAAUUCCUGAUGUAAUAUACGCGUGUUACUUUUGUAAGUCACCUCCUACCCUCACUAUUUUCAGUGUUCCUUGAUUUUUGGAGACUGUUGUAAAUAAAAAAUUUUGACAUUC